AUGAACGCUGUCCGUGGUCCUGAAAGUCCACAUUGCUCUAAAGAUGUUCUUGGUUACUGUAUAAACCUUCUUCGAGGAACACAGCCGACGGAGGGCAGCCGUUCGUUUCUUACUGUCACUCUGCUCUUGCAGGAUUACGCCAAUCCAAAGGAGAUGAGCGAGCAGCUGGUUCACAGCCCCGAGGUGGUCGCCCCUGGGCCACUGGAGAGGGCAGGGAUCCUCAGAAACAGUCCCGAAACCGAGCAGCCGCAGAACUUCCAGUCCCAAGUCCCUUCUCAGCUGGCUAAAGUGGCCACAGCUCUCUCGGGCGACAGCCACCCUCUGCCCUCCGACGAAGGGCAACCCAACGAGACCGAGCGCGCCAAAGUUGGGAUCGGCAAAGUCGCCCCCGCACAAGGCAACCCCCCAGCCGGCAAAGACUCCCUCGAUCUUUGCCCGCUCAAGAAUGUCCCCAGCGCAGGGAACGCCGCACCAGCCAACAUUGCCCCCUGCAAAAUCCCUCCCUUGCAAAGCACCGACGGGGCGGCUAAUCAAAAUCUUGGUAAGAGCCUGCUGGAGCCAAACAAUGCCAAAGCCGGCUGGGUGAACCUGAGCCAGAGCACCGUGGUGCUGGGCACAGAUGGAAUCGCAUCUGUUCUGCCUGGCAGCGUCACCGAGGACGAUGAAGGAGAUGAAAAUAAAGCCCGGGGCAACUGGUCUAGCAAGCUGGACUUCAUCCUCUCCAUGGUGGGUUAUGCAGUAGGGCUGGGCAAUGUCUGGAGGUUCCCGUACCUGGCCUUUAAGAAUGGGGGAGGUGCAUUUCUUAUUCCCUAUUUGACAAUGUUGGCUCUGGCUGGAAUUCCUAUCUUUUUUUUGGAAGUUUCUCUGGGACAAUUUGCCAGUCAGGGACCUGUGUCUGUUUGGAAAGCCAUCCCUGCCUUACAAGGUUGUGGCAUUGCAAUGCUGAUUAUCUCUGUCCUAAUAGCCAUAUAUUAUAAUAUUAUAUUGUGCUAUACACUUUUCUACCUUUUUGCAUCCUUUGUACCUGUGUUACCUUGGGCUUCCUGUAAUAAUCCUUGGAACACACUUGAUUGUAGAGAUAAAAACAAACUUUUGCUAGAUUCCUGCAUCAUUGGUGACCACCCCAAGUUGCAGAUAAAGAACUCUACUUUCUGUAUGAGUGCCUAUCCAAACUUGACAAUGGUUAAUUAUACCAGCCAUGUCAACAAAACUUUUGUCAGUGGCAGUGAAGAAUAUUUCAAGUACUUUGUGUUGAAGAUUUCUGCAGGAAUUGAAUAUCCUGGUGAAAUUAGGUGGCCUUUGGCACUGACUCUCUUUCUAGCUUGGGCAAUUGUCUAUGCAUCCCUGGCUAAAGGAAUAAAAACAUCAGGAAAAGUGGUAUACUUUACUGCUACAUUCCCAUAUGUAGUGCUCAUCAUCUUACUUAUCAGAGGAGUAACCCUGCCAGGUGCUGGGGCUGGAAUCUGGUAUUUCAUCACACCUAAAUGGGAGAAACUAAUUGAUGCUAUGGUGUGGAAAGAUGCUGCUACUCAGAUAUUUUUCUCUUUAUCUGCUGCAUGGGGUGGUCUGAUUACUCUGUCUUCCUAUAACAAAUUCCAUAACAAUCUAUACAGGGACACCUUGAUAGUAACUUGUACCAACAGUGCCACAAGUAUAUUUGCAGGCUUUGUCAUCUUUUCAGUGAUUGGAUUCAUGGCAAAUGAGCUCAAAGUGAAUAUUGAAGAUGUUGCAGACCAAGGUCCUGGCAUUGCGUUUGUGGUGUAUCCUGAAGCCUUAACUAGGCUUCCACUUUCACCAUUUUGGGCUAUAAUCUUCUUCUUGAUGCUUCUUACACUUGGAUUGGACACAAUGUUUGCCACUAUUGAAACGAUAGUGACAUCUGUUUCAGAUGAAUUUCCAAAGUAUUUACGUACCCACAAGCCACUGUUCACUCUUGGAUGCUGCAUUUCCUUUUUCAUCAUGGGUUUUCCUAUGAUCACUCAGGGUGGGAUGUACAUGUUGCAGCUUGUGGACACCUAUGCAGCAUCUUAUUCUCUUGUUAUAAUAGCCAUCUUCGAACUUGUUGGCAUUUCGUACAUUUAUGGCUUGCAAAGAUUUUGUGAAGACAUUGAAAUGAUGAUUGGAUUCCAGCCAAAUAAAUUCUGGAGAAUCUGUUGGGCUUUUGUGACCCCAACUAUUUUAACAUUCAUCCUUUGCUUCAGCUUCUAUCAGUGGGAGCCAAUGACUUAUGGCACCUAUCAUUAUCCAGGCUGGUCAAUGGUACUAGGAUGGUUGAUGUUGGCUUGCUCUGUUAUUUGGAUUCCUAUUAUGUUUGUGAUAAAAAUGCACCUAGCUCCUGGGAACUUCAUUGAGAGGCUCAAGUUGGUCUGCUCUCCACAGCCAGAUUGGGGGCCCUUUUUGGCUAAACAUCGUGGUGAACGUUAUCAGAACAUGAUAGACCCACUGGGAACAUCUUCCCUUGGACUUAAACUGCCACCAAAAGAUUUUGAAUUGGAGAUGCAAUGCUAG